UAUUUGUAACUUUCCAUAAGGUUGCCAUCUGUGUUUUCCCGGAAUUAUCAGUUGUUCCAUUUAGGAAGCGCCGCCUGUAACUGAAAUGAGAGCCGCGACGCCGUCAUCAACGUGCAGCUGCAGCGGCGGCAAAGGAGUUGUUGGGUUUCCGGCUCACCGCCCAUUCACCUACUUCCCGCUUCGUUCCCGUCAAAUCAAUUUCCCAAAUCAGCAGCCAAUCCCGAAUUUAUACGGCUUAGGGUUAGCUCAUUAUCGCGGUUCAUCAUCGAUAUACCGUGCGGCAAGGAAGGGUGCAAAUGCGUCGUCGUCGUCGUACUCUGGCAGCCCAUUUUCACCGGACUGGGAUGAUAAACCCUAUGAAGUAUUGGCGAAUGGGACAAUAUCGUACUUGGAUGAGCAGGACGUAGUGACAUUCCUUGACCCUCCCAAAGAGCUCGUUCCUCUCGACCCUUCUGCCUACAAUCCCGCUUCGUAUCUCUGGAAAAAAAUUGGAGAUAUACCAGAACAAAGGCGGCAUAGGUUGCUCUCCUUGCUAAACCCAAGGCUUAUAUCGAGAGCUUGGCAGAUAGCUGGGAUGAGGUAUGAUGACCCCAAGUUGGCAAAGAAAAGUGCAUCUAGCCUGCUUUCUGAUGGGAAUGACACGACUUCACUUGAAUUUUGGAAAUGCCGAACAAGUGGAGGGCCUCUACUCAUUUCCUGGAUAAAUUACUUCAACAAGGCUGUCUUCCACUGUGGGGAUGGGAAGACAUAUGGACGAAUCAUUGGUGGAUCAAUUCUGGCUGGAAUUUCAAAAUCUUAUCCACUAUAUUUUACGGUAAAGGAAUCGAAUGAAGUGAUGUCAACAGAGCAUCCUUGUGAUUUGGCAUACGAAUUUGGAAAUGGACUGUUUGAUCUGCCUGAUUUACCAGAAGGCUUCCCUAAGCCAGCAAAACAUCCAUGGCCAUUCAACGAUCAGGUUGUUAUAUAUGUUCGUCACGUGGGCCCAGGAGUAAUCGUGGGGCAAGCAUGGCAAGAGGGUGAAGCAUUGGAACAAGUACCUAAGAAGCUAUGUGGUGAGAUCUUGAUGGUGAAGGAUUAUGUUUGAAUCAAGUGCUGUUGAUUGCCACAAGGAACCACCAAGAUUGCCUUGACAUCAAACAGAGCUAUCACCUCUCCAUUGCAUGCUUUCACUCCCAAUGUAAUACACUGAAAUGAUGAAUCAUAUUGGCAACUUAACUGAGAGUAUUGCAGUCUCACUCACAGUUGCAUAUAUGAUACUGUGUAGGUGGCAAAGAAAGCUCCCCUUUUAUGUAUACUGUCUUUUGUAUUCUUGUUUGUUAAUGAAAUUCCCUUUUAUGUA